CGCAGCUCUUCCAUCGCCUGGUUGGUUCACGGUGCCGGGUCAGGGGGCGGUAUUGAAGCGGAUUGGACCAGAGAACAAAUUGUGCUACAUGAGCCACGCUUACUGCGCCUGUGCCGCCAGUCAGACGCUGCGGCGAAAAUGGUAAAGGCUUUUCCAGGAUGGUUGACGGACGGCACAGUGACGCUUUCUCCGAGCUUCUCGGCAGACUGCCUCAUUUUCCAGAAAGUUACCAUCUAGGAUGCAGGUCGCCGCGAACCUUACAUGGUGAAGCUCGUUGUCUCUGCAACGUGCCAAGCUCUGGCUCUCGCAUUCCUCCUUGACUGCUUUAUCUGAUCUGUUAUCCCCAGCGAGCACUAUGCCAGUCGAUGGAGCGAAUCUUCCCAUCCCGAACCAUGGGCGGAACUACGGCGGAGAGCUGGAGGUUUACCACUGGCACCACCCAGACAACGGCCCGCAUCCAUGGAUGAAACCAGCGCCCGAGGUCUACAAUGAUCCGAGCAAGCUAGAAUUCUGUCAACACCGGCAACCAGAGGACCAACAACGAAAGAUUCUCAACCUCCGUCUCCCGACCUUCAUCAUAUCCUGCAUUCUCCUGGUGGUCACUGCUGCCUUGGUGCUAGUAGGCGGCCUGUUGGGAAACAAGGUCGCCAGCCUGGAGAACAUGAUACCCUCCCUCGUCAGCAGCAUCAACGCAACCGCCAGUAAUCCGACUACCAGUAACAGCACCUCAGCGCCACCAGCAACAACAACAGCAACAACGCCACCGACAUUUCCCGUCGAAGGCUGGAAUUACCUGGGCUGCUACUACGACUCGGCGUCGCGCAUCCUUCCUGGCGCGGAGCUGUCGGCCACCAACAUGACCAACGAGCGAUGCGGCGCUUUUUGUUCGUCCAGCGGCGACUUUGGCAGCAAGCCGCGGCAUUUCGGCACCGAAGUGGGUGUCGAGUGCCACUGUGGCACCUUGACCGAGGCCGACCUGAAAAGCAAGCAAGCGCCCGACUGGGCCUGUGGUCACCAGUGCCGGGGGAGGACCGGGGUGGCGGAACGGUGUGGAGGGAAUUGGGUUGUCAGUCUGUGGGAGAGGGUCGACGGUUGAUGGUGUUUAAAUCAAAGGUACUUCAUCAUGAGUAUGUAACUACCAUUUGCAUCUGUAAUCAGGUGCAGAUGUAAGGCGUUAGUCUGUGGGCUGUGGAAGGUGACUUCGAACAGACGCAUGUUGGGGGUUCAUGCUUGGUCCCAAGGAUAACUAUCACAAAAUUGCGAGCACUUGGCUGGAUUGCAAUUGAUGCUCCUCAAACCUGUUAGCUUUCAGUUGAUCCUUACUUCAUUAGGUACUGUUUAAUUAGAGCAUGGUCAAGAGUCUCGUAGCCUGAGGUACUGAAGGUC